AUCUAUCAAAUAAAAAAAAAACCUAAUAUGGAAAGCGAACGCCUGCGUGUUCUUCUCCCAACCUCUUCUGCUACUCCGAUCGCCUGCGAGCUCUGAACGGCUUCCACGACCAUGGAAGACGGCGCCGACCUACAUGAUUGGGAGCUGGUACAUGGCUCCGACCUCACUGAUAACCACAUGGCCGUCGCUGUUCUCGCCGAGGACACGCCGAGCGGCGCCAUCAAGGACGACUACUUCGCCUUCGACUUGGGUAGUAGCCAGCUACCUCAAUCAGAGGAAGAAAGAGACGAGGGCGGCAUCGAUUCUGAUAACCCUAGUAGUGUCGAGCCCGAUUCUGACUCUAAUACGUUUCUGGAAACUUCAAGAGAGCAGUUGGGUAUCGUUGGAAUGACGUCCCCGAUGCGGAAUUCUAGUGGUUUUUUGUCUGAUGAAUCAUCGGAUGGGAAAAGAUCGUUGGCUAACAUCGAUGAAGUGGAACUUGGAAACUUGGAGCAUUCUAUUAUGCAAAUGGGAUCUGAAGAGAGUGAUCCUGCGUGUGAUAAUUUAGGAGAGGAAAAUGAAGGGAGAGAUAAUUCUGAUUCACCGGAUUUGACAGAAAUUGGUGGUGAUGCGGGUGUUACGGAGGGCGAGAAGAGGGAAAAGAUCUGGUGGAAGGUGCCUCUGGGUUUGCUGAAGUAUUUCCUUGUUGGUAUGAGACCUGUUUGGUCAGUAUCUAUAGCUGCUGCCGUUGUUGGGAUUGUUGUGCUAUGGAAGAAGUUAUACAGGAUGAAGCAGAAGAGCCGGAGAAUUUCACUGAAGCUUGCUAUUGAUGACAAGAAGGCUUCCCAGUUAACGGCUCAUUCUACCCGUCUGAACGAAGCUUUCUCAAUGGUCCGUCGCAUGCCCAUUAUCAGGCCUUCUCUUCAAGCUGGUGCUGCCACCCAAUGGGCUGCGCAGCCCCUUAGAUAAGUUCAGGAACUAUUUAGAUAGGGAAAAUGCUCUCUCUUCUAUACGCACUUUUCUGAACGCAUCACUGCGUGGCUGUGCUUUAUUGGUUGAGAUGAUUCUGUAAUUAGUUUGAAGGUUGAACGUCAUCGUUUUACUGCUGUUUAA